AUGGCUUCUUUAUCUACCACUCUUUUCCUGAUAUUCAACAUUCUCUUCUUCAGCCUAAUACAAGGCCAGGAGACACCACCAAGUCCAGCCAUGAAUACGACAACUAGUCCUCCUCCAGCCAUGAACUCGACAACUAGUCCUCCUCCAGCAAUAAAUGCAACGACUAAUACUCCACCUCCAGGUCUUGAUUGCAGUGGUUGUCGUGUAAAUCCCAUAGGUCUAGCAUCAUGCGGAUUUGUGAUAAGUGGUGGCGUGCUGCCUCCUCUUGUCCGUCUUUGCUGUCAAGCAUUGCAGUCGCUUACAAGGGAAGAAGGCUUUGCCUGCCUUUGCAAUUUCAUUAAUCAGAACGCUUUGAAUGCUGGAAGCCUCAAUAUUAGAGCUAUUGUGGACCAAACCUUAAACAAAUGCAGCAAUAUCUAG